AUGGAGCUUCCUAACAGAAAAUCGCAGGAUAAUACCUCAGAGGAUGAUAUCUUUAGCUACAAAGCCCAACGUUGGCUUUGGAAUGAAGCAGAGCAACUUCAGCGCCGCUACUUAGGAUUCGAUUUGAAGGCACUAGUUCGAGCCGUUGAACAAGCCGCGGGGCCUGACGCAGAUUGUGUAGAGAUCACAAAGCUGCCCGAAGGAAAUUUCAACAAAACCUUCUUAGCGAUGAUGUGUGACGGACGUCAAAUCAUUGCCCGGCUCCCAAACCCAAAUGCAGGCUUUCCGCACUAUACGACUGCCUCGGAAGUAGCAACCAUGGACUAUGUUAGAGAUCGCGUCCAGAUUCCUGUCCCAAAAGUGCUGGCAUACAGUACGCAAGCAAGCACGAAUGGCGUCGGGGCCGAGUACAUUAUCAUGGAGAAGUGUCCUGGCAUUGAGCUUGGCCGCCUAUGGGAUGACAUGUCAGGGAAACAGAAGAUUGAUAUCGUAAGACAGCUGGCAACCUUCUCGGCACGCUUGUCAAAGGCCCGCUUUCCAUACUAUGGUUCGCUCUACUACGCAAGAGAUAUUCCAGACAUCAGGGGCACGGAAGUCGACGACACUUUUAGUGUUGGUCCGACAACUAGUCGUACCUGGUUUGAUGAUAAAAGAGGUGAAGUAGACGUUUGUCGUGGUCCAUGGACAUCAGCUGAGAAUGUUUUAACCGCCAUCAUGAAGCGGGAAAUUGCAUGUCUCGAAACGUUCUCUGGAUUUCCACGGGACCGUCAGCAAGGUAUUUUCAACGGCCCAGAAGGGUUUUGCCCAUCAAAAGCAUCCAAAAUAGCGGCCAUCCAGGACUAUAAACGCAUACUCCCUCUUAUUGUGCCGAAGGACGAUGCUUGCACUGCCUCAAUCCUUUGGCAUAACGACUUGCAUACCGACAACAUCUUCGUGAAUAAGGAUUGUCCUACAGAGAUAACAGGUAUCAUCGACUGGCAGAGUGUGCAUCUUGGUCCUGCCUUUCUCCAUGUUCAUUAUCCAUCUCUGAUUGAAUAUGAUGGGCCAAUAUUGGAUGUUUUCGAGAAACCUACACUGCCAUCUGAUUUCGCAGAGUUGGAUCCAAUCGCAAAAGAAAACGCACAAACUCUACACACGGCCCAGUCUAUCUGGGGACUAUACCAAAUAUUCAUUCACAGACAAGCCCCAGACCUGCUACGCAUACUCCGGUACCGAGACACUCUUUCUUGUCAGAUCAUGACUCUGAUCGGAUCUAUCUUCGAUGAUGGUGAACCAUAUAUUCAGAGCUUAUUAACGCAGCUCGCACAACCAGAUAUAUGGAAGACUGUGCUCAAGAGUAAUGGUCGGGACACUAUUAACGUUCCUUGCCCUCUCGUCUACUCAGAUGAUGAAAUUUCGGAGCAGAACGACGAGCUGGCUAGGUGGGAAAAGGACAUCGAGCGGAAGGCGCGAGUGUUCAAAGAAGUCGGUGCGUACACGGGUUGGGAUGGGGCCGUCCCGCCAGAAGAGUACAGCGUGAUGUCCGAGAAAUUGGAAAAAGCUAUGGAAAGGUUUCUGGAUACAGAAUCGAGGACUCCAGAAGAGAGAGCGCAAUGGGCGAACGCCUGGCCAUUCAAAGAUAGAUGA